CAAUUUCUGGAACUUUUUUGUCAAGUUAAAAACAAGAGCCCUGAGUCGACACCUGGGCUGGAAGAGCGGAACUAGAACUUCGGACGAGAAGAAAACCACACCCGUCUCCAGAGUUUUUGCAAGUCUACAAGGGGACCAUAUAAGCAAGUCAAGCAACUGAAGAGAUCGCAAUGGCUGAGAGGCAACAGGGCCGCGAUACAGGAGUUCGAACGUACUUCUAUUUCAUCAAAGAGGAAGUCAGCUCAGACUGGAAGGACCUGGCCUUCCAUCUUGAUUUCCGGCGCUCAGACAUUGACAAUAUUGUCAGUAGAAACCGAGAUGACAAGUCCCGCUGUAUGGACCUGUUGGAGGAGUGGCUGAAGCGGAACGGAGAGAGAGCCACCAUAGAGGUCCUGUUGAAGGCUCUGUCUGAGGCAGAGCUGCAGAGUACCGUGGACGGUCUAAAAAACAAAUAUCCUGCACUGACGACGCAGCAAACCAUACAUGGCCAACUGGACAUAGAAGAUGUGUUCCGAAAGGCUGUGAAGAAGUACUACGAGCUGAGUCUGACUUCCUUUAAGCCGCUGAUCUGGAAUGAUAACUUCACGCUCAACCUCAGCGAUAUCUUCACCCAGUUGGAGUUGGUACCAAAAGAUCAGAAAAAAACUAAAAGGUCCGAAGGAGAUUACAGGUCAAAAGAAACAAAGCAGAUCAAUUCUCUAGACGACUUGUUCAAUCCGGAUAUCACAGGACUGACCACAGCACCGAGGUGCAUUCUGAUUGAGGGUGAAGCCGGAGGGGGGAAGACCACGUUUAUGUCUAAAGAAGCCCUGGAUGCAAUUUUACAGAAAACUGAGCUGGGCAGACGUCACGACUUCUUCCUUUUGAUCCGACUCCGGGGCGUAAAAGAGGAGGAGACCACGGAGGAGAUGGUUUUGGACCAGUGUGUUCCCAGAAUCAAAUGCCUCGAUAAAGAUUCCGUCGGCGAAAUCCUUGAGAAAAAUCAGUCCCGUGUUCUUUUCCUGCUAGACGGGUAUGAUGAGCUACGACCUGAGGCCAGGGCAGCCGGACAGGCCAUUCCCGAGCUGUUGAAUGGCAAGUUGUACCCCUACAGCACAAUCGUGAUCACAUCCCGACCCUCAGCAGGAGUGCAGCAGUACACCAUACCUGACUGCCAAGUUCGCAUCAUGGGCUUCACCCGCAGACAUGUGGAGAAAUACGUGAGGCAGUACUUUAGCAUCAUAGAAAUCCCUAAAGUAGGAGAAAGGCUUACAACAGCUCUGAAUGGGAACCAAAUUGUUGACGAUUUAGUCCAUACACCAAUUUUCCUACUGUUGAUCUGUGUGCUGUGGGAAGAGGACCAAGAGAUGAUCUCUACGGGAACCAUGACGGGACUAUACGACAACAUGCUGACAUGUUUGAUUAAAAAGUAUUGUAAGCGGGAAGGCGUUCCCAUACCAACAGACGAACUGCCUACAGAAGUCGCUGAGUCAUUACUGCAGCUCGGCAAGCUAGCGCUAGAGGCGCUGCUGCGUAAUGAGACUCUAGUUGAUCUUGCACAAUUAGAGAGUGACACAUUCAAUUGGGAACUGCUGGUCAAACUUGGCGUGGUCUCCUUGGAGGUCUCUGCCUCUAAGUGGCAUCCUAAGAAACAGCUGAACUUUUCCCACAAGACAAUGCAAGAGUUCAUGGCUGGACGAUAUGUCGCUCAUGUUGUAGUGAACCAAAGCAGGGGAGAUAUUGCUGAACUUCUCCAGCUCACCUCCGUACACAAGGCACUUGAACUCAGUAACCUUCUUCAGUUCACGUGUGGCUGUGACUCACGGGCGGCACAAGCUGUGAUGGAGGAACUAGGAAGGCUCAGUAGCAGAGAGUUCUCACAUUUACGUCCAAGCUACUUUGACGUGCGAUUUAUGUCAGACCUUAAAAAAACAGCUAAAAAUUAUAAAGAAUUUGUUUUGCUCUGCUUGGACAUCCUUAAUGAAAGAAAAGAGCCGGACGUACUGCAGGCUGUCCGUAAAGCCCUGCCAGUAAUUAUCAUGGACAUUCGAGGACACUGCAAACAAAAUGAUGCUCUGAAGUAUUACUUACAAAACAUUCAGACAUCGCACCUCCAAGACAAAUUAAUGUUAACUUUUAGUGGAAACGACGGUUUACAGUACAUACAACAGCUGUUCGUCUCUCCUAUUAUUGGCCUGCAGUUAGACCUGAAACUUGGGUACAAUGUAAAACUUGGCACACCUGAUCAGACAUCCAGGCUGGUUUCAGUUCUAAUGAAUGUUCCUGGUACGAGGGCGCUAGAUCUGUCAGACACGGAAGUAACACCAUCAUCACUCCAGGUACUUGUGCAGGGGUUUAGUCACAUACCUCUGUUAGAGGAGCUGGAUCUGAGUUACAACCGUGCCCUUGGUGAUGAUGGGAUGGAAGUCCUGCAGUCUGGGCUGUCCAGUGUUCCACGCCUGACUGUACUCCGUCUUAGGGACGUCGGCAUGACCGCUGUGGGCAUGGAAUCCGUGGCUCCCUCCAUGCGCCACCUAGCGGAACUGGAAGAACUGGAUAUAAGUUGGAAUGAGAUCUGUGACACCGGACUAGAUUCUCUUAUUGCCGUCCUCUCCGUCUUCACGGCGAUGCAGGUGUUGGUCCUGGCAGGGACUGAUAUCAGCGCCACAGGCAUGCGCAAACUGGUCCCUGUACUGUGUCAGCUAACCAGACUGAUCAAACUGGACAUUAGUGAGAAUCAGGGUAUAGGAAACCCCGUGUUUGAAUGCCUGGUUGAUAUCCUCCCCCGCCUCACGGCCAUGAAGGUGUUGAACCUCAGCCAGACAGGUAUCAGUGACAGGGGAAUAUCAGCCCUGAUCAAAGCUCUGCCUCACCUGUUGGAAUUACAGGUAUUGGAUGUGAGCUGGAAUGACAUUGGGGACUCGGGGAUUGUCUCACUGAUGGAAACACUCUGCCAUCUCACCAUCUCAGACAUGGCACAAAACCCACCUGAUGACAAGAGUCUGAUUUCAGCCCCUCGCUAUAACACCACACUACAGGAGCUGUACAUCGGCAUGAAUAUGGGAGUAACAGGAGCUGGGUUGGCGAGGGUCGCACAGCUCAUCAGCGCACUGCCCGCACUGACCAGGCUGGACAUGUCUGGUCACUAUGAAACACCUGCACACCUGCCUAACAGCGCUGCUAUGCAUCUAGCUAAGGCUUUACCCAGACUCCCUAUCCUGGAGCAGCUGGACCUGCAGCAUAUCUCCAUGGAGCCUGCAGGGUUCCAGGCUGUGGUGCAGGCUGCUGAGGAACACCCAACACUGGAGACACUAGAGUUCAGCGAGAAGAGAGUUCCAGAGGGAGCAGACACCAGCGCCAGCUGCUUGAGGUUGAGUUCGUGGUAAAGAUGCGACUCGAUGAUCGAAAGGACUGAAUGAGUCAGCUCAGACUAAAGACCGUUUUUUGGUCAUUAUAUUCAAGUGUUAUGAUCGCUGUCUAUGAAUAACGUACGUUACAAAACAUCUAUUAAUCACUUUUGUGUAGCCGAAACACAAAAAAAGUUUGUUCUUUGCGUUGGGAGGAGAAAAGACGUCUUGUUUACCCUAUAACAAUUUCGGUAGCAAUUGGUCCUCUCUUAGGCCUAGGUCACAUUUCCAAACCGGGGCCCGGCCGGGCAACUUUUGGGAGCGAAAAAAAUGAUGUAAAAUACAU